CGCAAUGCAUCGCCCCCCUCGGUAUGGAGAGUGGGUUGAUCCCGGACCGCGAUGUUACCGCCAGCUCUUCGUACAACGAUGGCAACGUGGGUGCGUCGAACGGCCGACUGAAUCAGGAGAUCAAGGGCGGGGCCUGGUGCCCCAAGUCCCAGAUCACCACCGAGUCGAUCGAAUGGCUGGAGAUCAACCUGCAUUCUGUGCACGUCGUGUCGGCGGUGGCAACGCAGGGUCGAUUCGGCAACGGUCAGGGCGUGGAGUAUACGGAGGCUUACGUGCUGGAGUACUGGCGGCCGAGGCUGGGCAAGUGGGUGCGAUAUCGCAGCGCCGAUGGCCAAGAGGUGAUGCCGGGAAACACGAACACGUACCUCGAGAAGAAGAACCAUCUGUCGCCUCUGAUAUGGGCGUCCAAGGUCCGCUUCAUACCCUACAACUCGCACCGGCGUACCGUCUGUAUGCGCGUCGAGCUCUACGGCUGCUACUGGAGCGCUGGCAUAGUAUCGUACACGAUCCCCAAAGGUGACAAACGCAGCAACGGCAUCGAGCUGGUGGACAUCACGUACGACGGUGACUGGGGAGCGGAGCUGCGCGGCGGGCUGGGGCAGUUGGUGGACGGCCAGUUCGGAGGCGAUGAGAUCCGCGAAGCUGCGAAGAGCUCCGCUUGGGUUGGCUGGCGAAACGAUUCCCAUGUCGAGCCGCCGGCGCUCAUCUUCGAGUUCGAUAGAGUGCGCGAGUUCAGUGCUGUACACCUGUUUUGCAGUAACAAGUUCAUGCGCGAUGUGCAGGUAUUCUCGGAGGCGAUAGUGUCGUUCUCGGUGGGCGGGCGCCAUUUUCAAGACGAGCCGGUGAGGCACACGACGACUGGGGACAACAUCUUCGAAGGCUCGCGCAACGUCACCAUCAAACUGCACCACCGCAUCGGCAAGUGGGUCCGCAUAGAGCUGCGCUUCGCCGCGCGCUGGAUACUCAUCAGUGAGGUGGUGUUCGACUCCGACGUAGCGCAAGGCAACUACACGCCUGAGAUUCUAAAAGUGAUCAACGCUAAAGACAAGACGAAGGUUCAGACAAGCAGCGAGUUGCCCGUGUCGACGGCGCGCCAGGAGGACCCGCUGUACAUGGCUAUUGUCGUCGGCGUGCUGACGGCGCUCGUCAUCCUGCUGGUGGUGGCGGUGUUCCUCAUCGUGCACAGGCACAGGCACAGGAAAUGCUUCGCCUCGCCUCUAGCGAAGACAACUGUAGCCCAUCGAUCAGUCCCCGAACAUUACAACAGUUCUGCUUCAUCUAUGCUCCAUGACAACAAGAUGAUAAUGGAAUCCGCUCUUGAGGUCAAGUCUGACGAGUACCAGGAACCGUAUCAAGCCAUAAGGUGCACUCCGUACUUUAGCACCGUGCUGUUGGAAAUGAAGGAUUUAGUUACCGAUUCCAACACGGCUUUAUCGGACAGCUCCAACUACGACUACGCGGUGCCUGAGCUGAGUUCAGCGCCACUGCUCACUACCAAGCGCCGCCUUGCGGAGAACGUGGUCGAGCGCGCUGCCGAGCUGCUCGCCGAGCGGGACGUCGAUCUGAUGGCCGUCCGCGAAGCGAGCAUGCACGCCGACGACCCGCGCCGCUCGGCCGCCUCCUCACUGCGGUCCAAACUCAGCGUGAUGUCGCCGAGUCAGCAAGAAAUCCGAAUGGAAGUGCGGCGGCGCAUCGAUGGGCCUCCUGUGGCAGAGUUCCCGCGCCAUCGUCUGCGCAUGAUCACCAAGCUCGCCGAGGGAACGUUUGGAACGGUGUACAUAGCGGAGGCGGAAUGCGUGCCGCAGUACGGCGGCGGCAUCGUGUCGGCGGACACUCAGGUGGUGGCCGUCAAGUUCCUCGGCAACGAAGCGUCCACGAGGGAGAGGUACAUCAUGGAGGAGUUCGAGAAUGACGUGCGCGUGCUCGCGUCGCUGUCGUCGCCGCAACUGACGCGCGUGCUCGGCGUGUGCCGCUCGCCGCCCAUCGCCGUGGUGCUCGAGUAUAUGGAUAUGG